GCUGCCGGCGGAGUGUCGAAGCGCACGCUAGAAAGUCACGGCCGGACAGGGGUCGUUCAGAAUGCAGUCUGGCGCCGCUCUUAUUCUCAUGGGAGCCCCAGCGCCCAUCUGCUGUGGCUGAACAUAAUCUCUCCUCCAGUUUCACCACGGCGCAGCACGCUCGACUUCCACACCCUCCGCCCAGCGCGCCUUCUUUCAUGCUCCUCCAAACAACCUCGCGACGGCGCUGCUGCUAGAGUGCUCCUCUGCUGGCCAUGUUCCGCAAUCGGAACUCCCAGAAGCCCAGCGACGACCUGUACCGCAACUUCAAGGCCAAUUUCCCAACCCUCGGCGGCAACAGUGCGCCGGCGACCAGCGACGCUGCCCAAGCGCCGCCGACGACUUCGCUCGCGGAAGCGCUCGACAUCCCGUUGAACCCGCGACCUCUCGACAAUCAGAGUCAGCCGCACGAUAUCAAGGAUGCCGACCCCACCCCCCGAGGCUCCAACGAGCCGUGGAAUUUUGGCACUUCUGGUCUAACACCGUCCCUCAUGGAUCCCAAUAGCCACAGCUUCAACAUGUUCGCCAACCAAAUGCCGGGUUACUACACGCCCACGCCCGGCGGCACCAACACCCUCUAUCACAACCAAGCCGGCGACCUGCACACGCCCACCUUCGGCAUGGGAUUGGGCACGCCGCUAUCGAUGCCAACUUCAGAGAGCGCCUUGCAUGCUGGCCAGCAAGGCGCACCGUUUCAUGGCUUCCAGCCCGGCUUGCCUCAGCACAUGCAACAACCGCAGCAGCAACAAUUCCAGAACAUGAACCCUUUCCACAUGCACCAGCAGGGCUUUGCGCCAUCGCAGUUCUCACAUCAGAACAGCUUCGAUGACUUGCAAGGGCCGGUUGGAGACUCGCCUGUCGACGACAUGGGUCUGGACAUGGGCCUGCCACAUCCACACCAAUCGCCCGACAUGCUCUUUCGGCCGCCCAACAUGCAUACCACGAUGCAACCGCCCCCGCUGCAUCCAUCCGCUGAGAAGUUCCGCUACCAUGUCACGCUGAAUGCGCCCACUGCGAUGAUCAAGCAUGCCGAUGAGAUUCCCGUGACAUACCUCAACAAAGGCCAGGCGUACACGCUGAACGUCGUCGACACGCACACACAACAAGGUGCGCCCGCGUCACGAUACCGGACCUACGUGCGCGUGUCGUUCGAAGAUGAACAGCAGCGACAGAAGCCGGCGGCCUGCUGGCAAUUGUGGAAAGAAGGCCGAGGUACCAACGAAGCGCAUCAACGCGGCGGUCGCUUACAAGCAGUCGAAUACGUCGACUCUGGUCAGCUUGGAGGCGCCGAGGACCCGUCAAAACCGAAGGUCGACCUCGAAUGUUCGUCUUUCGACGGCUUCUGCGUGACCUGGUCACCUGCCAACGGCGCUGCCGAAUGUCCCAUAUCAGUGCGCUUUAACUUCUUGUCCACCGACUUCAGCCAUUCCAAAGGUGUCAAGGGUAUUCCAGUCCGGUUAUGUGCGAAGACGGAAGCAAUCGAUGAGGCGACACUUACGCCAUCACAAGCGACCGGAUCAGAAGUGUGCUACUGCAAAGUCAAGCUGUUCAGAGACCACGGCGCAGAACGAAAGCUGUCCAACGAUGUCGCCCAUGUCAAGAAGACCAUCGACAAGCUCAAUCAGCAAAUAGCACAGAUCGAGUCCGGGAUGCGGGACUUGAGCAAAAGGAAGAGAGCUGGAUCUCUGGCGCAAAAGCCUGGUAUGGACAGGCCCGGCAAGGUGCCCAAGCACCGAAGAACGUGGUCGGUCACUUCUGCGACAUCGAACGGCGGCCGUGGAAGCGCAGAAGAGGAUCUUCACAUGAAAUUGAUGACACUGCAAGACAUGUUCACGUCAACACGACCUGCCAGUGUAUUGUACCUUCGCGGCGAAGACGGCGACGAUCCAGACGCCUACCCCGUCAAGCUCACUGGAGACAUCGACCUGGUACGGACAGAUUCUGCGGACACGGCGAACUGGGAUAAGCACAGCGACGGCAAGAACGAGUCUUCGAUGGUAUCGCCCACACCGAGUUCCAACUCCCUGAUUGGCAGUCGCAAAGACUCGACGAUGCAGCAGCCCACGCCUGUCGGAGGACCAUCGCGACAAUCAUCGAACGAGUGGCGCAAUAACCCGCAGACAGCGACCAUGGACAUCCAGCCGACAAUACCGGAACAGCUCCACAGCCCACCAGAAAAUGCGCCUGUGAAGGUGCAGAUCAAAUCAUCAGAGGCUGCGGCCGUUUCUGGCUGGAUCGAGGCGGUCGGAGUUGACCCUAGUUACCGGCCACCUCCACCCAGGGCUGUCAAACCGGUUGCGUGCUUCUAUGUCCAGCCACAUGUGUCCGGCCGAGCGCCGUCCGAUAACCACUAUCGCGCCAUUUACCUGAUGAAGCGAACGCUCAAAGAUUUUACCAAUGCGCUCGCCAGGAAGUGCAACAUCGAGCCGACCCAAGUGUUGCGCACAUACCGGAUCACCGAAAAUGGUCUCAACGUUUUCUUCGACGACGAAUGCAUCGAUGAACUGGCCGAAGGACAGGAUAUGACCGCCGAAUUCUGCGAGGUCCAACUCGACGACGACGAUGCUCCGGUAAAGGCCGAACGAGAGUGGGACGCUGGGCCCACCGACAUUCAAUGCGACGGCGAACUUCCGACGACGGAAAAUGUGAAUUCUCACGGCUACGAGCUCAAAUUGCUAUUUUGAUUUGCUUUCAGCGAUGAACUUGCGACUCUCCUACAUUGAGGAGCCCAUCUCCUCCGCUCCUUGGUUUCUAAUCGCACGACACGAGCAACACGACGAACGAAACAAACGCAUCAUAUCGCAUGAAACGGGAAGCGUGUACAUGAAUUGGGACGGUUUCUGCGGAAUUUUCUUCCUAUCCUUGUGCCUCCUUCGGCUAGAUAUCGCCCGCCUGCGAUUGAGAAGGCAGCCUCUUUUUUCCUUCUUCUGAGAUACCACAUGGCCUACGAAUUUGAGGCGAAACCUUUUUACUUUUACUGUUCUUCUCAUCAUUCUGAAUAACUGGAGAUACCCACACCUGCGAUUAACCGGGAUGGCUCUGGAGAAUUUGCUCGGGUCAGGAACGCGCGCAGAAAGAGAUUAAUACAUGGAUGGGAUGGGAUUGUUGGGAGGCGGGAGGGAAAUGUGGCGAUCGGGGAUCUUUCCUACUGUAUUGUCUCUUGGGUCUGCGGUGGCGUAUAACCUCAUCAGCGGUGGCGGGACUCCACUGCUGCGGCGGGAAUCACACACGGGAAAAUACUACUACUACUAAGCUACUACAUAUCGGAUCAGAAUGGAUCAUGGAUCGUUUGUCCAAAAGACAUGGACAAGGAACACACACACAGCGGCAGAGCUGCUUUGAAGUGCACUGGCUACAUGACAGUCAUAGCAGAAAUAUUUGUCAACAGAAGACACACAGAGAGAGACACACAGUAUAGGAUAGGAUCACCCCCCAUCCAGCAGCCUGGAUAGCGGCGGUGUGUAGCACUUCACAGGGUCUCUUGUC